ACACACACCCACCCACCCCAACCCCAGGUCCCUCCCCUGUCUCUCUCCUCCCAUCCCCAGUGUGGGGGGCUUCCCCACAUAACUCCUCUGAACUCCACAGACGGCUAACACAUGUCAGAGAACCGGGAAGACAGCAAAGAGAGAAGUAGAGAGGGAGACAAAGACUGAGAAGAGCGCAGGCCUUGGACUAAACUGGAGCGUUUGUGGACAGACUUACCGGCGUGAGGGUCUCUACGCACACGCGCGUGUGUGUGUGUGUGUGUGACCGUGUGUGUAAGCGUGCGCGUCUGUUAAAUGUCGGUAGUCAUGGAGGCCCACCUUCCACUCCGGAUCCUCGCACCCCUCGUCAUCCUCCUACAAAGCCUCGUUCUGGUCCAGGGGGCCAUGUCUGCUUGUUACGAUGACCAAGGCACUCCUGAACACUGCCUGCCUCGUUUUGAGAAUGUGGCUUUCAACCGUACCGUCUUUGCCUCCAACACCUGCGGCGACCUACCGGAGGACUACUGCAUGCAGUCGGGCUCCAAGCAGCUCUGCAACAGCUGUGACGCGUCCAUGCCGGAGCGCAGCCACAACGCCAGCCUCCUGACGGACUUCCACUCAGUAGAAGACCCCACCUGGUGGCAGAGCCAGUCGAUGUUCUACGGCAUUCAGCAUCCCUCCUCCGUCAACCUCACGUUGCACCUGGGAAAGUCCUUCGAGAUCAGCUACGUCCGGCUCCAAUUCUACACCAGCCGGCCAGAGAGCUUCGCCAUCUACAAGCGCACCUCGGAGGGCGCCCCCUGGCAGGCCUACCAGUACUACAGUGCCUCGUGUAAGAAAACCUACGGGCGGGAGGGGAAGAUUUUCAUCCGUCCCGGGGAUGACGAGCGGAUGGCAGUCUGCGUGGAUGAGUUCAGCGACAUCUCCCCUCUGACCGGUGGGAACGUAGCCUUCUCCACCCUGGAGGGACGACCCAGCGCCUACAACUUUGACCAGAGCGCUGUGUUGCAGGAGUGGGUGACAGCCACAGACCUGCUCAUCUCUCUGGACAGGCUCAACACGUUCGGAGACGAGUUCUUCAAGGACAUCAAGGUGCUACAAUCCUACUCCUACGCCAUCUCCGAUUUCUCCGUGGGCGGCAGGUGUAAGUGUAACGGCCACGCCAGCGAGUGCGUGCAGGGGACGGAGGGCUCCCUGGUGUGUUCCUGCCAGCACCACACGGCUGGGGUGGACUGCCAGGAGUGCGCUGCCUUCUACCAGGACAGGCCAUGGGCCAGGGCCACCGCAGACUCCGCCAACGAAUGCAGACGGUGCAACUGCAGCGGCAGAGCCGACGCGUGCGUGUUCGACGCGGAGCAGUACCGGAGCACGGGCAGUGGGGGGCGCUGUGUAGGCUGCAGGGACGACACAGACGGCGCCCACUGUGAGCGCUGCAGAGAGCACCACCACCGCAGGACCCCGCAGGAAGCCUGUAGCGCCUGCGACUGCGACCCUCUAGGUUCGGUGAGUCUUCAGUGUAAUGCUGAGGGGAGGUGUGUGUGCAGAGCGGGGGUGAUGGGGGAGAGGUGUGAUGCCUGUCAGCCUGGUUACCACUCCCUUGGCCCUGGGGGCUGCAGGCCCUGCGCCUGCGACCCCAGGGGCAGCAUUGGCGUGUGCGCGAUGGAGGACGGACAGUGCCGCUGCCGGGCGGGAGUGGAAGGACACGCGUGUGACAGGUGCAAGCCAGGCUUCUUUAACCUGCAGCAGGACCUGCCAUCGGGCUGUCAGCCAUGUUUCUGCUUCGGGCACUCGGUGGCCUGCACCUCGUCCAGCGACCAUGUGGCUGUCAACAUCACGUCCGACUUUGUCGAAGACCAGGACGGAUGGUCCGGGGAGUUCUCCCAGGGACAGGAGUACCCUCUGCUCUGGAAGGAGGGGGAGGUCUACCUGCUACCUCUGGCUGAAGACGACCUGGGAUACUACAGAGCUCCAGAGAAGUUCCUGGGUGCCCAGCUCCUGAGCUACGGCCGGCUCCUCUCCCUCAUCUUCACCGCAGAGACCCCUGACCUGCUGCCCGCCUCUGUCACCGUGCUCCUGGAAGGCCCCGGGGACUCCGUGUCCGCCAGCCUCUCCUCACCCUGGCCGCUGCCCACACCUGAGCCCCGGCCUGGCCUCCAGUCCCGGCGCACCUUCACCGUCAGGCUUCACGAGGAAGACAGGAGACUCCAACCGUCUCUGUCUCCAUCUGCAUUCCGGCAACUUCUCUUCAACCUUACAGCCCUACGAAUCACCAAUGCUGGAGGACCUAACUACACGUCUCAGCUCUCCGAGGUCACUCUGGCCUCUGCCGCCCCCUCCUUCAGCCUCGCUGCCCCCCCGGCCCCUGCAGCCCCCUGGGUGGAGGACUGCUACUGCCCCCUGGGCUUCCAGGGCCAGUUCUGCGAGAGAUGCGGCCCAGGGUUCACCAGGGAGGUGCCCUCUGGGGGUGCCCUCUCCCCCUGCGUGCCCUGUGACUGCCACAUGCACGGCCCGUGCCACCCUGACACAGGUGUGUGUGAGUGCUCCGACUUCACCACGGGGCCCACCUGCCAGCGCUGCCUCGAUGGUUACUACGGCAACGCCUUGAUUGGCAUGCCCAAUGACUGCCGACCUUGCCCCUGUCCGGACCGUACCAGCUGUGCCCAGAUGACAGAGACGGGCGAUGUGGUCUGUACCAACUGUCCACCAGGGCGGAGGGGCACCCGCUGCGAGAUGUGCGAAGACGGUUUCUACGGUGACCCACUGGGCCGCUCUGGGCCGGUUCGGCCGUGUGAGCGCUGCAAUUGCCACGGCAACGUGGACCUCAACGCGUUAGGCGUGUGUGAUCAUGUGACAGGGCUCUGCCUGAAAUGCCUGGGCCACACCGAAGGAGACCGCUGCCAACGAUGCCAACGGGGUUUCUAUGGAGACGCCCUCAGUCGCGGGCCCACGGACCAAAAGUGCAAACCUUGCAGCUGUAGUCCUGCAGGGACUUCUGGACCAUUGGAGGACUGUCACCCCCAAACAGGAAGUUGUCAGUGCCUUAGUCAUGUGACAGGAAGAGACUGUGGUCACUGCAAGGUUGGCUUCUUCAACCUGCAGCCUGGAAUAGGCUGCGAGAGAUGCAACUGCAAUCCCAUUGGCUCCUCUUCGGUGGCGUGCCACCCAGUCACCAGCCAGUGUAUGUGUCGCGCCGGCGUGGAAGGCGUCUCUUGUGGCUCCUGUCGAAUAGGCUUCUUUGGUUUCUCCUCCCGGGGCUGCAGAGCCUGUAACUGCGACCCGAUGGGUUCUACUUCCAUGCAGUGCCAUGGCAACGGCACCUGUCCCUGUCGUCAGGGCUUUGUGGGAUACAAGUGCGACCAGUGUGAGCUCGACUACUUCCACAACAGAAACACACACCAGUGUGAGGAGUGUCCUGUGUGUUACGGGCUGGUCAAGGAGCAGGCCAGGAAGUUGAGGACACGCUUACAGGAAGCCGAGAAACUACUGUCUCGCUACAACUGCCGGGGCAACUACGGUCGCCAGCUUCAACCACGUGACAGUGAGCAUCACCAGCAUGAGCACCAAGGGGAGGACUCGCUGCCCAACGCAUUGGAGGACUUCCUGGCGCUCCAAGAGGCGAAGGAGGUCUUCAUAAAGCAGUUCACCCAGCUGGGGGCGUCCGCACACACUCUCUCUGUCCAGCUGCAUGGAGCUGGCUCGGCCCUGGACUGCAGGAUGAGCGGGGAUGGGAAGGAGGAGGGAGACCAGGACACAGGGCGGAGGAGUGUGUGCAGGACGCUUGCAAGUUCUUUGUCCAAGGUCGAAGCCGCACACACCCAACUGCAGAAGGCAACUCUGGACCUGUGGAGCAUGAUGGUUCCGUUUGAGUUGCCGAUGGGCCCCAACCGAUGGAAUGCAGCGGUCAACGACUCACGCUUCCUGAUGACCAGGCAAGUGGGCCAUGCUGGACACAUAGAGGCCAUUGCGGGCGAGGCGCUGGCGGUUUCCAAUCACACUUUAUCUGUGCUGGUAGAGCUGCUGGAGGACAACUCCACUGAGGAGUACAUCAGGAACCUAACGGAGCAACUCGCAGACAUGCGGCAGCGUAAGCACAACCUGACAGCCCAGGUGAACGAGACCCUAGCCAAUCAGCUGGCUUUAGAGGCGGACUCUGCCAAGAUCGUGGUUUCCCUAGGUAACCUCACCUCCUCCCUGCAGCAGUUGGGUCAGAUGAACCACACCCACCUACUUGGGCUCAACCAAUCGGACCCUGGUUUCAGAUCUGGCUCCAACCAAUCAGACCCAAGUAUUAAACCUGGAUUCACGCAUUCAGAGAGCCCAGACCUGCAGGCCAGGAUGUCGGACCUUGCCCUACAAGUCAACACCAAGGAGGAGCUUGUCAGCAAGAUCAGAGAGGAGAUGGAGCCUAAGAUCCACAGUGCUCAGGGUAUCAUGGAGAAGGUGCAGGAAAUCUAUGAGCUGCAAGCACGCACCCAGGGUUCCAAGGCCAUGGCCCUCUCAUCCGUGGUGACAGGCAAAGAAGUGGAGUCUGACAUCAUCACUCUGCACAGGGAACUUGAGGACAUACAGAGGGAGUGGCCGGCCAGGCAGACCCAGACCAGGGCGGCCCAGCGGAAGGAGAGGCUGCUGGGGGAGAAGCUCCUGCCCGACGUCAGGAGGAAGAUGGGCCUGGCCCAGGAGGUUCUAACCACGGCCUUGGAGAACGCUACGCUCUCUAACGCCACGGCCCGCCAGGCAGAGCCCACUGCACACACACUGGCUAAGAAGGCCAAGGCGACCCUGAGCCAGGCCAAGCAGACCAGGAGCAGGUCUGCCCAGCUUAGCUCCUCAGUUCAUGCCAUCUUGGAGCAGCUGGCUGAACAGGAGUACCGGACUGCCAGUGUAAAGGACCAGAUCAACAGCCAGUCCCAGGUGUCCCUGACAAGUGUGAAGGAGAGCAUGGAGACAGCCAAGAGACAGCUGGAGGCCUACUCUCUCACCCUGACUGAGCUGGUCUCCAAGAUUGACGGCACUGUGGCGACGGACCGCUUCGACCGCAUUCUGAAUGAGACCACGCUGCGUCUGAGCAUGCUCCGUGGCAGCGUGGAGAGCCCUGUGCUGAACGGAAAGAUCCAGAAGCUGACGUCCGCCGCCAGGGACCAACAGAAGCGCCUGUCCGUACUGGAACAGGAUCUGCAGGAGAUCCGAGAGGAGAGAGACAGUCUGAGCGACAUCGCUCUACAGCUCCCCAAAUCCUGCCCCUAGUCUUGACCAUCCUCAAGUCCUGCCCCCCUCCCUCUUGAUAGCCCCUCACACCAGUCCUGCUCCUAAACUUUGACUCUGAAUCUGUCCCCAGUCCUUGUCCCCUGUCCUGGUCCUGGUCCCGCAUUUCAGCAAGAAGACAAAAAGGGGGACAGUGGGAGGAGAGGAUGUGAUACUUGAGGCUCCCACUAGGAGAUGGAGGAGAGGUUUUCAUCAUCGUAAUCGUGACCACUGUCUCAUUUUUUCACAUCUAAAUCCACUCUCACAUUCCAUCUCCAUCUCUUUUCCUCUCAGCCUCUCCUACGUUCUCAUCAAUAAAUGACUUCCCUUCCUCCUUCGGUUUUUUCGUUUCUUUUCUAUUUCAUCCUCCACUCUCAUAUUACUAACAACCUCGGAACUUUAAUUAAACCCUGGAUAAUAGCCUCCCAUUCUAAGCUGCUGGUGCGCGCUGUCAAGUUUCAAAUAACGGUGAUUUUCUUUCCUGCGAGGGUAGGCGUGUCUGAAAGCCGGGCCAAUGUGACACAUUCAUUUACACUUGAGCUCCUUUUCAUCAACGUACCUUAAUUAACAAUUAGUCCUUUUGCCCUGGAUGGAUUCAGGUCGGGCCUCCACCGCAGACAAUGUUAGUCGUGUGAUUCUGUGUGCACAGGCUCUUUUUAGUCACCCCAUCUCCAUCUCUGAUUCUCUGUGUCAUUUAAACACUAUCUAGGCUACUUUUGUCCUUUACAAUGACAAGCAAAGAAACAGAUGUUCAAACUGUCUUUGGAUUGAUAUAACCUGGCAAUUUUACCUGCUGAUCGUGGAUAUUUCCGAUGACAUGCCUGUAAUGAAUCAUGUUAUGUAUUCGUCCAAUAUUGGAGCAGUACAAUGUAUAUGACAAGGAAAAUUGAAAUGAGAUUUGACCAUGUUCAUUCUGUAUAGUUGUACUGUGUGUGUGUUCAAGUAUAUUACCUUUUGUAACAGGUACAAGUAACAUUGGAAUUAAUUAGUCCUGCUCCUUUUGACAAUUCCUAGUGGCCUAAUCUAAACCGGCAAGAAUAAUUUCUAACCUGUAUGAACUACUAUACCGAUCAAAUAAGAGACCACUGCGGCUUUUUCUUUCCUUUCCAAAAACUUUGAGAAGGAAAGUUUUGAGUGAGAAACAGAAGGGUUCAACUUGCAGUGGCCUCUUAAACUGAACCCUUCAAUUAUUCUAUUCUUUCUCAACGUUGUUGGAAAGGAAAGAAAAAUGUGUAGUGGUCUCUUCCUUUUUUCAAGAGCUGUAUAUUUGAACAAUUGAUGAGUACUGAAUAAUUCACUUAGAAUAACAACUAAGAAGGACCUAAUGAUAUGUACGUGUAAGUGUAGUAAA